AAAAAAAAAAGGCGAAAAAGAGAGAGGAAAAAAGUUGUGCGAGAGCGAACAUGAAGUGGAAAUGAAGGGAAUCGCAAGCUCUAGGGGUCAAAACAUGGCCUGAUGGUUUCUGGGUUUCUACAGAAUCGCCGCAUUGUUACUCAACUUAAAUUCAUUCAUUGCCCCCUCCCCGCCAUUUUGUAUCUUUUUCCCUUGACCUGUCCUCCUCAUUUUCUCCCCCGCCAUUCUCUUUGUCAUCCUUUAUCUUUCCCUCUAUUCUAAGCUCCCUUAACUGGGGUCGGGUUUGAUCUCAUCCUUUCCAGAAUGGCUACCACCAACGAUUUUCCUGCCGGCGACGUCAACAGUUAUGACUAUGUCAUCGUGGGAGGUGGCACAGCAGGCUGUGUAAUUGCCAGUCGAUUGGCCGAGUACUUGCCUAACAAGCGCAUCUUGGUGAUUGAGGGCGGUCCCAGUGAUUUCAUGGACGAUCGCGUGCUCAAUCUGCGUGAGUGGUUGAGCCUGUUGGGAGGCGAGUUGGAUUAUGACUACGGUACAACAGAACAACCAAUGGGCAACAGUCAUAUCCGUCACUCUCGCGCUAAGGUGCUGGGCGGUUGUUCCAGUCAUAACACCUUGAUCUCUUUCCGCCCCUUUGAGUAUGAUUGCAAGAGAUGGGAGCAGGCUGGCUGCACAGGCUGGUCGUUUGAGACAUUCACCCGUGUUCUUGACAACUUGCGCAAUACUGUUCAGCCUGUUCACAGCCGUCAUCGCAACCAGCUGUGCAAAGACUGGGUUCAGGCUUGCUCCAGCGCUAUGAACAUUCCCGUUAUCUCUGAUUUCAAUAAAGAAAUUCGCUCUAAGGGCGAAUUGACUGAGGGUGUCGGCUUCUUCUCUGUCUCGUACAAUCCUGACGAUGGCCGCCGCAGCAGCGCCAGCGUUGCUUAUAUCCAUCCCAUUCUCCGUGGUGAAGAGAAGCGUCCUAAUUUGACCAUCCUGACCAAUGCGUGGGUGUCACGUAUUAACGUGGAGACUGACACAGUCACUGGUGUUGAUGUGACUCUACAGUCUGGUGCUAAACGUACUUUGCGGGCCAAGAAGGAAACCAUCUUGUGCGCAGGAGCCGUCGAUACUCCUCGCUUGAUGCUGCUCUCUGGUUUGGGUCCACGCGAGCAGCUAAGCUCUCUUGGUAUCCCUGUUGUAAAGGAUAUCCCCGGUGUUGGUGAGAACCUCCUGGAUCACCCCGAGAGUAUCAUCAUUUGGGAGCUCAACCGUCCUGUGCCUCCCAAUCAGACCACCAUGGACUCUGACGCCGGAAUCUUUCUGCGACGCGAGCUGCCCAAUGCUCACGGAUUUGAUGGCCGUGCCGCCGACCUCAUGAUGCACUGUUACCAGAUCCCCUUCUGCCUGAACACCGCCCGCCUCGGCUACGACACCCCGGUGGAUGCCUUCUGCAUGACCCCUAAUAUCCCCCGGCCCCGCUCCCGUGGCCGCCUAUUUUUGACCUCUGCUGAUCCAAGCGUCAAACCCGCCUUGGACUUCCGGUACUUCACUGACCCGGAGGGUUACGAUGCCGCCACUAUUGUCGCUGGUUUCAAGGCGGCCCGCGAGAUUGCUCAGCAGUCGCCCUUCAAAGAAUGGAUCAAGCGUGAAGUGGCACCCGGUCCCAAGGUUCAGACGGACGAAGAACUCUCUGAGUACGGCCGCCGUGUAGCACACACCGUUUACCACCCUGCCGGUACCACUAAAAUGGGUAACCUGGCCCGCGACGCUAUGGCUGUUGUCGACCCUCAGCUGAAAGUCCGAGGCCUGAAGAAUGUGCGUAUCGCUGACGCGGGUGUCUUCCCGGAGAUGCCGACCAUCAACCCCAUGUUAACCGUGCUGGCCAUCGGUGAGCGUGCGGCUGAAUUGAUUGCGGAAGAGGCUGGGUGGAAACGAGAGCAGCCUCGUCUGUAGAUAUCACAUAAAGUGCGAUGUGCUGCGCGCUUUUGUCUUGGUUUCGACAUUACCUGUCUCGGAGGAAAGUUUUACAAAAAAAAAAUGGAUAGUAAGUGGCUCAUGCGUUCUACCAGCGCAUAGACUUCGCUUCUGGUCUUGAGUCAAGCGAUAGAUCGCCCAUAUGCGUGCGGCUGGUAUUGUUGGUCCUUAGAUCUAUGAUUUACGAGUGAUGAUUUUUGGCGAAGGUGCGAAUCAGAACUGGGGAGGGGUUUCUUUAUCCAAGAUCAAAGUAAUGUGCUAUUACUUGUUGUAUCAAUAUUCUUUGUAUAUUAGAAGCGGUAUCACGCUGAAUUUAGAAUUCGUUACAUAGGGCUUUAACGAGUCAUAGCAAGACAUUGAUAUCG